UUUUACAAAAACAAGGAAUAUAUCAUAGAAAUAAAAGUGUUUUUUUAAGUUUCGGUACCGCAAUAUUAGAUCAAACUUAAAAAUACAAAAAAAAAAAAGGAAAUUAGUAUUUUCUAUUUAUACAUUAACAAUCUACCAUGGGCUGUGCCAGCAGUACGCCUAUGGUACAGACAGCUGGCAGUGAAAUACUUAAGGCAGCCACACAUGUUGCAGAAGACGCCACAAAAACAGCCGAAGAGGCAGUGCAAGGUGUCAAACAGACCGUCGGCAAGACCUUGGAAACAGCCAAAGAAACAGUGUCCACAAAAGUGGAAGAGGUUAAACAUGAAGUGGAAACAACACUCAAGGAGAAAGUUCAUGAUUUAGAUGAUGCCAAGAACUCAUUAUUGGGAAAAUUAAAUUUAAAUCCAAAUGCAGCAGCUAAACCCCACGAUGACAUUGAAGCCACAGCGGAGGCAACAAAACAGGAGGCACUCAAAACAACGGAAAAAGAAUUGAAAAAACUCAGCGACACAGAGGCGAUUGCGAAGACGACGGAUAUGACAGGAAUGAAACGAACUGAUACUGAAACGGACAGCUUGAGAACCUCGACACCGGAAUCGGAAAUCGAAAGAGCAUUGGCGAAUACGAAAGCCCAAAAUGGCGAAGAUGACGAAGACAAUCCACCGACACCGAAACCCACAAUAUCUGAGUUGGAGAACCUCAGCCAUGAAGUGAUGCAGAAAAAACCAUCGGUCAACGACAUCGUUCACUCGGCCAAUGACCCACCGAAUGUGACGCCAGCAGACACAUUAUCCUCUGCCCUACAGACCUCCAACACGAUAACCUCCCUACCGAGCAAUACGACUGACAUCAACAAUUCCAGUGCCAUGCACCUAACACCACUGCCGAUCGCUUCGGCCACAUCAAUAGCUACAGCAAUAGCUGCCAGUACUGCCUCGGCUUUGCAAUUGAAUCAAACCGAUGGUGGGACAAUUCCUGAACACAGCCAAGGGACAGCCAAGGAGGCAACGAUUGAUCAGGCCGCCCUGGCACAAAAGGCCAAAUUGGCCAAACGCAAUGAAAGAAUUGCCGCCGAAAAGGCUCGCCAACAGAAACUGGUACGAAAGCUACUCGAAGAAAAACGUCCCGGUACCACCGAGUGGGAAAAAUAUGCCGAUAUGCUGGCCAAGUUUAGAAAAUUCAAUCCCCAAGAUGCGCUUCGGCGUGGCGGUACUUUAACGAAAUUCAAUGGUUAUGGCGGACAUGUUGGCGCGGCACCAAUUCGGGAGAAACCUCUGCAUGGUCGUCAUGAUGAUGACAGCAGUGAUACUAAUUCGGGCUGGGGUAGAAAGAGUCCCACUCGUCGAUCCAGUGCUCGCCACGGCCGUAGUGUAAUCCGUCAAACCCACCAUCGACCCACAUCAGCCAGUCAGCGUAACGUUAACGGCAGUUCAACUCGACGUGGCAGCGGACGCAAGUUUGACUAUAAUCCUCAAAGGUCGCGAGUCCAUGAGCGUGGCACCAGCAGUGUAAGUUCUUAUCACAACCUAGCCUAUAAUCCAAGUAAAGUCCACGCCAAUGCUUAUCGUCUAUCGCCCUCCUCUGGCACUCAAACGCCCACACAUGCACAUGCGAGUGUUAAAUCUCACUCAGAAAUGAGAUCAAAGCACUCGUCGGUAGGUUCGAAUAAUUUCCAGCUGGUAUUGGAACCACUGUGGCAGCUGCAGUACGAACAGCCAUAUGAAAUGAAAUCCAAACAGCCUCAAACGCAAUCUAUGCAAUUGCUGGCAGGUGGCAGUAGUAUGCCAUCGGACGCCAUGCACUAUUCGCCACCACCACCAACACCAAGUCUAGACAAUUCUUCAUUAACCCGUGAAUCUUCCACUACUUCUUUAUCCAGUCUAGCCAAGUAUCCCGGACAAAUACGUUCGUAUAGAUCAUCAUUGGAACUGAGAAUGCCCCAGCAGGCCGAUCAUCUGGGUUCUCACCAGCCACAACCACACCCACCGGUACGAAACACCUCUUCAUUUCUCUCAACACCCCGUUCAUCCCCAUUUGGCAUAACCAAGUCAUAUACAGAUCUAUAUUUUGCUAGUAAUUUGAAAAAAGAGAGUGAAACAUUCGGACAGAGGGACAUGAGAUUGAUUGCCCGGCAACGUUCGGCCAGGGAUAAGAGUCCUUCAAAAGUACGAGAACAUUGUGAAUUUUGUUCGAGAAUAUAUUGUGUAAAAACUUGAAAUUAUGUGUAUGUCAUAAAUUGUUGUGGUAGGGCAAGAGUGCGUUGGGCGCAAUGAGGGUAGAUAAUGUGGUAAGUAUGGGUAAGUAUGGCACCUUUAUAAACGAGGUUGGGAAGCAAUACUAAAAAGAAACUCAUUUUUUAUGCAAGGCAAUGUUUUAUGGCAAAGCUUGUUUAUCAUAUAGUUACAGAGAGUAUUAUCAU